UUUUCAAUCGUAGUAAAAGUAAAAAGAGAGAGCAGCAGAGUGCACGAAAAACAAACAAAGAGUUUCGGCUCAUUUUGGCCCGAAUUAGACCAUUACCGAAGGCGCGACGGGCUGCGGAUCGGUCGGAAUGUCUUCCAGGGACUCCUCACCGAGUUCCCGAGGAACACCUCGCAAGGUGCUACUUGGGCCACCCCCACAGCAGGGGUCCUCAUCUUCGAACUCGAACAAGCGACCCCUGCUGCAGUCGCCGCCCUACAAGCGACCCUUGAUCGCCGAUCGGCCAGGUUGGCCGAAUCGAGAUCGAGAUGAACCUCCGGCCAAACGGCCGCCGUUGCUGCCCACGCCUUUCACUUUCCAGCCGCCGCCUCGACCGCCCACGCAACAGGCGCCUCCACUUCCACCCCCUCCGCCGCCUCUUCCGCCCAUGCCACUUAUGCCUCCGCCCCAAAGAGCCACUCAGGGUCUCCUUCCGCACCCCAACAGGAGGCCACUUUUGCCCUCGCCGGGAGAAAAGAGACCGUUAUUGCAAAUCCCGCCGAGGUUCCGAGAGCCCAACAUGCAGAAACAGGGAGGACCGCCUCCGAGAAGGUCUCGCUCGCAGCCGGGCUCCCCAAAGAGGCCCCUUCUGCCCACCCCCCGCAUCAAAUGCUGAACCCAAUUCGAGUCGGGAAGGCGGAAACCUGGGAAAAAAUCUGAUUAAUUUUUCAAAAUAAUUCAUUUGAAAUUUUGUGAUCUUGAUACUUACUUAAAAACGGGUUGUAAUUUUUUGAAAAAAUUCAAUUUUUGAAACUUGGUUCCUCUAGCUGGACCGACUCUGCGCUGACCAUAAUAAGAAGCAAUCUGUUUUGCUCUUUUGUUUUAAAAAUGGCUCAACCCAAGAGUUUUGUGCGAAAAAAUGUCAAUUAAAAUGAACACGUAGCGAUUUUUUAUUCUGAGCGCUAUGUGCAGUAAAAAGUAAUAAUGUAUUAGAUGUGUGCAGAUGAAACGUAAUUUAGAAAGAUGUUGUGCCCUUCACUUUUUUUUUAAAUUGAUUUUCAUCGCUAUACUUAAAGAACAAAAAUGUUCAAGGCCUAUUGAACUUUUUUUAUUAAUUAAUUAAAUUUCAAUAAUAUUACCAGCUUGACAUAUUUGAGGAAUUAAUUUCAAUAAUUUUGGUUGUGAGAUUUCUUAUUAAAAUUGAAAAGUGUCAAUUAUUGUCAGCUGAAGAUAAUUAAUCAUGUCGUUAAAAUUUGUUUUGCAUAUAUUUUAAUUUCUUUUAUUAUCCUUCCUUAUUAUGCUUAUAAUUUAUUUUUACCAUCCUGUUACCACAAAUAUCAUAUCCUAGGAAACAUAUUUUAGUGUAUAUUUCUCAAUAAUAUUUAAAUAAUUUUCACACAUUUAUCAUUUUUAAGUAUUCAAAUUUAAUUCGCCUUUAAAAAUUAACAGCACUUUUCUGCAAGUUUUGCAUUUUUCUAUACUUGAUUGCGCUCUCUCCUAUUAAAUUUCUUAGACUUAGCAGUUUGAAAUUAACCAGUGAGUGUUAUACAUAUUAUUAUACCAAGCAUUAUACACAAAAGUCAUAUAUAUUAUACAGAUUAUCACUGCUAUUGUAUGUGUAAAGUACAUUAAAAACUGACACACCAUGAAAGUCAAUUCUCCAACAAGCUACGUGUUGAAACAAGAAAAUAAAUGUGGCGUCCACUUGUGAUACUCGCACCAUUAUUAUAUAAUGAUAAAAAAAAAUGAAAACUGAAAGGAAUUUAAUCAUAAUUGUUACUCAAGGCCUAAACUCUGUGUAAGCGACGAUUUUUCUUUCCUUCGUACCAAUAAAAAGUGUGAAU